UGCAUUCAAAGCUGUUGCUGAGUACCACGGCUGGGGGCGGAGCAGGGGCUGAUAUGGGUCCUAGAAGUGGACCACUGACCUUCCCAGGUCUGCUCCAAAAAGCAUUAGGACUCCAUAGGGAACAGGUGAGACUAAGAGCUUGAACAGCUGUUGCAGAGGCUGAAGACCUUGCCUGGAAAAUUUCGGUGGGGGACGGCGCUGCUGGAAUCAGGAUUGGCCGCUGAGUUGGAGUUGCCCCGCCUGCUCCCAUGUCCGCGGCUGAACACCUGGACCCGAUUCCUGACAGCUUCAUCCUGCAGCCACCGGUCUUCCACCCGGUGGUUCCCUAUGCCACAACAAUUUUCGGUGGCCUGUAUGCAGGCAAGAUGAUCAUGCUGCAGGGUGUGGUCCCUCUACAUGCACGCAGGUUUCAGGUGGACUUCCAAUGUGGGUGCAGCCUGCACCCUCGGCCAGAUAUUGCCUUCCACUUCAACCCUCGCUUCUACACUGUCAAACCCCAUGUCAUCUGCAACACCCUCCAAGGUGGAGUCUGGCAGAAAGAGGUCCGGUGGCCUGGUGUCACCCUGCAGAGAGGGGCUAGCUUCCUCGUCCUCUUUCUCUUUGAGAACGAAGAGGUGAAGGUGAGUGUUAAUGGACAGCAUUUUCUUCACUACCGCUACCGGCUCCCGCUGUCGCGUGUGGACACCCUGGGCAUAUAUGGUGACAUUUUGGUGAAGGCUGUUGGAUUCUUGAACGUCAAUCCAUUUGUGGAAGGCAGAAGAGAGUAUCCAGUUGGAUAUCCCUUCCUGCUGUAUAGCCCCAGACUGGAGGUGCCCUGCUCACGAACUCUUCCUCGGGGUCUCUGGCCUGGGCAAGUCAUCAUAGUUCGAGGACUGGUCUUGCAAGAGCCGAAAGAUUUCACCCUGAGCCUGAGGGAUGGGACCACCCGUGUUCCUGUAACACUCAGAGCUUCCUUCACAGACAGAACACUGGCCUGGGUCUCCUCCUGGGGGCGAAAGAAGCUGAUCUCAGCCCCCUUCCUAUUUUACCCCCAGCGAUUCUUCGAGGUACUGCUUCUGUGCCAGGAGGGAGGGCUGAAGCUGGCACUCAAUGGGCAAGGGCUGGGGGCCACCAGCCUGGACCAGAAAGCCCUGGAGCACCUACGGGAGCUCAGGAUCAGUGGAAGUGUCCAUCUCUACUGCGUCCACUACUAAGGAGGACUCCAAGGGCACCCCCGUCAGAGAAGAGGAAGGGCAGCUGCAGCCAGGGCUCCACAGUCCAGCCUCACUCUGCCAUCCUCACUGGACCAUUGACCCGUCAUCACCACGUCAGGCCUAUCACAUCAGGUCACAAGCUUGAGUCUACAAGGGCAUCAGGGCCCCACGACUAGGGAAGGCUUACAGCUCUGUGCCUCUUCUACCAGGAGUUUGGUAACUCUAUCUUCCUAGACUGUACUCAAGGGGGACAAACUUUAUAGCCUCACAAAGACACACACACACACACACACACACACAUUUAUUGCAUUUUAAUCAAUUCUGAAAACAAGGGUCCAGGUCAGUGUGGUGUCCCUGCACUCAUCUUCAGCAUUCAAACUCUGCCUUGGUUCUCCUUCUACCACUCCGUGGAGCCGUAGGGCUGAAACUCUAUCCAGGCCCAGCCACUGAGAAGGCGAAUAGAGUGUGAAAAGAUAGCUCCAGACCUAUGAUCAACACAUCCCAUCUAUCCUCACAUUUCCAUUUUCACUCAGAUUUUACAAUUGCUCAAUAGUUUGUGAAGUCUUUGCCCAAAGUAACAACCACCCCAGUUGCUUGCACAGUUUUGGCUAAAGGAAAAUAGCCACAUUCCAGAAAAACACACUGAUAAUGAGGUCACGUUUUAGUCACCUAGCCAUGUAAACAACAGUGACCACUCAUAAAAUUAUAAAAAUAGUCUAGGUGGGUCAGCGGCUAUGCCGUCUAUGUUUGUAUAAUAUACUCUGGGAUAUUCACAUAAUGACAAAAUGGUUUAAUAAUGAAUUUCUCAGAAUUUCUCCCUGUCAUAAAAUGAUACAUGACUUAGCAGAAUGAAAAAAGGAAGACUGUAGAUGGUUUGAUUUGUUCUAUUCCUGGAAAUAGAAUCUGGGCUCACCUUACAAUGGACUUCGGAUUAUAUCGCUUGGAAAUGUUUCUGUGAUACCAUUUACAUGCCCAUAGCUGUGACAAGUCACUGGGUGGAAGAUGCUGAUGAAGGAUUCGCUAUUUUAUAACUUUAUACUCUAAGCAGAGAGUCAUUUUCUUCCCUCAUCCAUUUACCAAGAAUGAUCAUACAUCUAUCAUGAAAAAAAAACUCAAUAAAUAUGGGGGGAGUUACUUUUACUACCAAUAUGCCUUUAUUAUAAUCCAGGAAAAGCCAGGCGGUGGUGGCGCACACCUUUAAUCCCAGCACUUGGG